GAUAAAGUCAAGAACCACGUUCAUUAUAUAACUUCAGACGAACAGAUUAUAACGGACUACCAUGGAUAUUUAACACGAAGUGAUGAAGCGAAGACAAAAAAUGUUAAUGAAAGAAGAUAUAAAUACAUUCGUGCUAAAGGUUAUGACAUAAGCUGUACUGUACAGUAUGAUGUAGCUAAAGCACCAGAAGCAUUUGGUUAUACCGGUGAAAUUUAUGCCUCUACUUUCUCUGUUAAAGGUGUAUUAGUUGAACCAAGAUUUACUUUGAGAGUUAAGUCAAAAAUAACGUUUGAAGAUGCUAUUAAAAGUAAAGCUGACAAAGUUGAACUCGAAGCAAUGAACAAAGUUUUGAAAUCUCAUAAACACAACAUCUCCGAUAUAAAUGAACUUCAAGCUACAUUAGACAGUAAAGCCGACAAGAACCAUACACAUAAAUCCUUCACUACUGUUAGAGCAGACGACAUAAUAUUGAACUAUACCCUUGGUUCAAAUGCACCAUUAGAGAAUCCAAGUACAAGCGUAAAAGAUACACUAAACAAUUUAGAUAACAGUUGCAGGAAUAUCGAAGAUCAUGCCAGAAACUUUGAAGCAUACGAACUACCAGCAAUGUUAGAUAAGAAAGCCGACAAAAACCAUACACAUAAAUCCUUCACUACUGUUAGAGCAGACGACAUAAUAUUGAACUUUGACCUUGGUUCAAAUGCACCAUUAGAAAAUCCAAGUACAAGCGUAAAAGAUACUCUUAACAAUUUAGAUAACAGUUGCAGGAAUAUCGAAGAUCAUGCCAGAAACUUUGAAGCAUAUGAACUACCAACAAUGUUAGAUAAGAAAGCAGACAAAACAGAGCUUCAAACAUUAAAGACUGAAAUACUUCAAACAUUAUAUCCUGUUGGUUCUUUAUAUACGUCAAUGAACUCAACAAAUCCGGCAAGUGUUUUAGGUUUUGGUACGUGGGAACAGAUUGUAGAUAAAUUCCUCUAUUGUGCUAAUAGUUCAAAGGAAACAGGUGGUUCGAAGAAAAUUACUGAAGCAAACCUUCCACCGCACACUCAUACAGGAACUACAAACACAACAGGUAAUCAUUCACAUUCAAUAACAAAAAGAGGUUAUAGAAAUCUUGCAGCGGGUUCGGAUAGACAGGGAAUGGAUAGAUAUGAUAUCACAACUGACCCAGUAGAUUCAAGCGCAGGUAUUUUCUGUGGAACCGCAGGAAAUCAUUCACACACUUUCACAACAAAUCCAACAGGCUCGGGUGAAGAUUAUAUGCCACCAUUUGUGACUGUAUUCGCAUGGUAUAGAGUUCAAUGA